AUGUUUCUGCCACGUCAGAAUAGCGUGUCCGCAGAGCCCUACGGACGCCAUUCGGCUGCCGUUGUUGCUACGGAGUGUCUUGCCGCGAGUGGGGCCAACAGCUUAUACUCGGCUGUACGGCCCAGUCUGCUCGUAGUGCUCCUCGGCACUUCGUCAUAUUCCACAAACGUGCCAACACGCGAAGCUACUGCAGCUCGGGAUCCAUGCAACAUUGCAGUCAGGGUGUUGACGUCCAGGCGCCCAUGCCGCACCUGCGAAUACCAAUUUCCUAAACAUCCCCGUCGCUGCAUCGUGAGCCGGGCUUUGGCAAGCGAAGCCUUCGGAGUUGGAUUCCCAGAAUCGACAUGGCGCUCGCUCAGUCAGCGGAUGCAACGGAGCUCAACAAACGCCGUGGCUUUGUUCGAGGAAGAUAUUUACAGCCAUGUGGGAAUGCAGCCGUGCAGUUCUCAGCGUCGUCGCGCUUGUGGAACCACGAUGAUCGCCGGCCAAGGAUGGACCUCGGAUCAGAGCAGCCUCAAAACGUCAACCGCCGGCGUCGCUAGUGCAACGAUGACAAUGCAUGGCGACGCGCAUCUCCCGCACCCGACGAGGAUGUCUGAGGACGACAUGCCACACUUGCCUGGGCGGGAAGGUCGCACGGUGAUCUCUGCACCACGACUGGGCAUCGCUUCGGGGGUGCACAUGGCGGCGCGGAUGACAUUCGCGGGCUCAUCGUCCGAAGCAUCACUCGAAUCCGUCACUCGAAUCCGCACCCCAGAACUCGGUCGACGAGGCUCAGACACGUGUCAGAGACAAGAGGGUGUAUCAUUCCACGCCUGCACCAGCAACACUCCUCACAGACCCACCAGCUCCCUCUGCACCACCAGCCGUGUCAAGUCCCUCACGCAAGUCGCACGGCGUCGAGCACUGCGCCCGCGCCCUGCGCAGCGGUCUCGACGCCGUACUCGCCCACCGGCGCCGACCUUUUCCGCGCGCACGAAAACGUGGGCAGCGCGAUCUAGCUGGCUGGCUGCCGUCGUGUCGUGUCGUGUCGUGUCGAGUCGAGUCGAGUCGCUCACGUGGCCCCGACGCGCCUGCACGCCUGCACGCCAUCUGCGGCUCUGGUCCCACGACCGCGAGCGAGCAGGCGUGCGUGCGUGCAGACAACGUGUGUGCGAAACGUGCGUGAACGCGUGGUGUCACCUUCCCAACCGGUCUGCGGUGUGGAGUCAGUGGGGAGACGCCAGAGGCACGCGAGGGCCAGAUGCGAGGGCCAGCCUGCGAGUGCCAGCCUCCUGCUUUACUGUCACGGCGCAACCGAUGUCCCCAUCCCCCCGCUCGCUGUGA